UGAGGAGCGCGAGCUUCUGGUGUUUGCCUUUGCUAGGAACGCGCGUUGCCAUGGCGUUGCGGGGCAUCUCGGUGGUGGAGCUGGCGGGCUUGGCCCCCGGCCCGCUCUGCGGGAUGAUCCUGGCGGACUUCGGGGCGCGGGUGGUGCGCGUGGACCGGCCCGGCGCCCUCGGCGACGUGAGCCACCUGUCCCGCGGCAAGCGCUCGCUGGCUGUGGACCUGAAGACGCCGCAGGGAGCGGCGGUGGUGCGGCGCCUGUGCGCCCGGGCGGACGUGGUGCUGGAGCCCUUCCGCCAAGGUGUUAUGGAAAAACUCCAGCUCAGCCCAGAGAUUUUGCUGAGGAAGAAUCCAAGGCUUAUCUAUGCCAGGUUGAGUGGAUUUGGCCAAUCAGGAAGAUUCUCAAGGGUAGCAGGACACGACAUCAACUAUUUGGCUUUGUCAGGUGUCCUGUCGAAAAUUGGCAGAGAUGGUGAGAAUCCAUAUGCCCCACUGAACCUCCUGGCUGACUUCGGCGGUGGAAGCCUCAUGUGCGCCCUGGGCAUCAUGAUGGCUCUCUUUGAACGUACACGCUCUGGCAAGGGUCAGGUCAUCGAUGCAAGCAUGGUGGAAGGAACAGCUUAUCUAAGCUCUUUUCUGUGGAAAACUGAAAAUCUGGGACUGUGGAAACAGCCUCGAGGAAAGAACUUGUUAGAUGGUGGGGCACCUUUCUACACAACUUAUAGGACUGCGGACGGGGAGUACAUGGCUGUUGGAGCACUAGAACCCCAGUUCUACAAGCUGCUGAUCAAAGGACUUGGGCUAAAGUCUGAUGAACUUCCCGAUCAGAUGAGCAUGACUCAUUGGCCAGAGAUGAAGGAGAAAUUCGCAGAUAUAUUUGCGAAGAAGACAAAGGCAGAGUGGUGUCAGAUCUUUGAUGGCACAGAUGCGUGCGUGACUCCGGUUCUGACUUUCGAAGAGGUUACGCAUCAUGAUCAUAACAAGGAACGGGGCUCAUUUAUCACUGAUAAGGAGCAGGGUGUGAGUCCCCGCCCUGCACCUCUGCUGUCGAGGACCCCAGCUAUCCCUUCUUUAGAAAGGGAUCCUUUUAUAGGAGAACACACUGAAGAGAUUCUUACAGAAUUUGGCUUCAACCAGGAAGAGAUUGAUCAGCUUUACUCGGAUAAAGUUAUUGAAAUUAAUAAGAUGAGAGCUAAUCUCUAAAGCCCAGGCCCCUCAGCUCAAGUGAAUCUGAAUAUUGCAUUUAUAGAGUAAUGCAGACAAAUGCAUGAACUCUGCUCCGCUGCUACCUCCGCCCUCUCCAGCCUUGGGCUCCAGCGGCACCGAAACGUGGAAGGACAGUUUUGCAGCAUUUCAGCUACGCUAAUCAAGAAACAAGACUGAUUUCACAGUAAUGACCCAAUUCCAAAGAUGGUUAACAUCAUGGCUUUUGAUUUAGGAAUGUUUUUAGUUUACUUAUUCUAAAUUGUGGCAGUUUUCCUGCCAUCGAGUUACU